AUGCAGAAAGAAACCCUGGAAAGCUGCCAGGCUCUGCACAAGGCCAAUGCCACCAUCAAGCAGCUGCAAGAGACCAUUGCCAGCGAGAAGGACGAACAUUCCACUCAAGAGCAAGAUGCCUCCACGAGGAUUUUAGACCUCACGAACAAGAUUGCAGAGUGGCAGACCGAGCAUGCUGCUGCAGUGGAACGAGGAGACAGCUUGGAGACCAAAGGCAAAGAUGAGGUGAAGAACUUCACUGCCCAACUGGAGCAGCUUCGUUCCGAGUAUGCCGCCGAGCAGGAGGGUCGAGCAUCUGAUGUCUCGAAGGCAGCUGCGGAUGCGGAGCAGCUGAAGGCCACAAUCAAGCAGUUGCAAGAGACCAUUUCCAGCGAGAUGGACAAUCGCUCCACUCAAGAGCAAGAUGCCUCCGCGAGGAUUUUAGACCUCACGAACAAGAUUGCAGAGUGGCAGACCGAGCAUGCUGCUGCAGUGGAACGAGGAGACAGCUUGGAGACCAAAGGCAAAGAUGAGGUGAAGAACUUCACUGCCCAACUGGAGCAGCUUCGUUCCGAGUAUGCCGCCGAGCAGGACAGUCGAGCAUCUGAUGUCUCGAAGGCAGCUGCGGAUGCGGAGCAGCUGAAGGCCACAAUCAAGCAGUUGCAGGAAACCAUUUCCAGCGAGAAGGACAAUCGCUCCACUCAAGAGCAAGAUGCCUCUGCGAGGAUUUUAGACCUCACGAACAAGAUUGCAGAGUGGCAGACCGAGCAUGCUGCUGCAGUGGAACGAGGAGACAGCUUGGAGACCAAAGGCAAAGAUGAGGUGAAGAACUUCACUGCCCAACUAGAGCAGCUUCGUUCCGAGUAUGCCGCCGAGCAGGAGGGUCGAGCAUUUGAUGUCUCGCAGGCAGCUGCCGAUGCGGAGCAGCUAAAUGCCACCAUCAAGCAGUUGCAGGAGAGCGUCGCCAGCGAGACGGAGGCACGCACCGCUCAAGAACAAGAUGCCUCAACGCGCAUUCUAGACCUCACGAACAAGAUUGCAGAGUGGCAGACGCAGCAUGCUGCUGCAGUAGAACGAGGUGACAACUUGGAAACCAAGGGCAAAGACGAUGUGGAUAAUUUCACGGCUCAGCUGGACCAGCUUCGCUCUGAGUAUGCCGCGGAGCAGGACGGCCGAGCAUCUGAUGUCUCGAAGGCAGCAACGGAUGCGGAGCAGCUGAAGGCCACCAUCAAGCAGUUGCAAGAGACCAUUUCCAGCGAGAUGGACGAACGGUCCACUCAAGAGCAAGAUGCCUCCACGAGGAUUUUAGACCUCACGAACAAGAUUGCAGAGUGGCAGACCGAGCAUGCUGCUGCGGUGGAACGAGGAGACAGCUUGGAGACCAAAGGCAAAGAUGAGGUGAAGAACUUCACCGCCCAACUAGAGCAGCUUCGUUCCGAGUAUGCCACCGAGCAGGAGGGUCGAGCAUCCGACUCUUCGAAGGCAGCUGCCGAUGCGGAGCAGCUGAAGGCCACCAUCAAGCAGUUGCAGGAGACCAUUUCCAACGAGAUGGACAAUCGCUCCACUCAAGAGCAAGAUGCCUCCGCGAGGAUUUUAGACCUCACAAACAAGAUUGCAGAGUGGCAGACGGAGCAUGCUGCUGCGGUGGAACGAGGAGACAGCUUGGAGACCAAAGGCAAAGAUGAGGUGAAGAACUUCACCGCCCAACUAGAGCAGCUUCGUUCCGAGUAUGCCGCCGAGCAGGAGGGUCGAGCAUCCGACUCUUCGAAGGCAGCUGCCGAUGCAGAGCAGCUACAUGCCACCAUCAAGCAGUUGCAGGAGACCAUUUCCAGCGAGACGGAGGCACGCACCUCCCAAGAGCAAGAUGCCUCAACGCGCAUUCUAGACCUCACGAACAAGAUUGCAGAGUGGCAGACGGAGCAUGCUGCUGCAGUAGAACGAGGUGACAGCCUGGAAACCAAGGGCAAAGACGAUGCGGAUAAUUUCACGGCUCAGUUGAAGCAGCUUCGUUCUGAGUACGCCGCGGAGCAGGAUGGUCGAGCAUCUGAUGUCUCGAAGGCAGCAACGGAUGCGGAGCAGCUCAAGGCCACGAUCAAACAGUUGCAAGAGACCAUUUCCAGCGAGAUGGACGAACGGUCUACUCAAGAGCAAGAUGCGUCCGCGAGGUUUCUAGACCUAACGAACAAGAUCGCAGAGUGGCAGACGGAGCAUGCUGCUGCAGUGGAACGAGGAGACAGCUUGGAGACCAAAAGCAAAGAUGAGGUGAAGAACUUCACCGCCCAACUGGAGCAGCUUCGUUCCGAGUAUGCCGCCGAGCAGGACGGUCGAGCAUCUGAUGUCUCGAAGGCAGCUGCGGAUGCGGAGCAGCUCAAGGCCACAAUCAAGCAGUUGCAAGAGACCAUUUCCAACGAGAUGGACGAACGGUCCACUCAAGAGCAAGAUGCCUCCGCGAGAAUUCUAGACCUCACGAACAAGAUUGCAGAGUGGCAGUCCGAGCAUGCUGCUGCAGUGGAACGAGGAGACAGCUUGGAGACCAAAGGCAAAGAUGAGGUGAAGAACUUCACCGCCCAACUAGAGCAGCUUCGUUCCGAGUAUGCCGCCGAGCAGGAGGGUCGAGCAUCCGACUCUUCGAAGGCAACUACCGAUGCGGAGCAGUUCAAGGCCACCAUCAAGCAGUUGCAGGAGACCAUUUCCAGCGACGCGGAGGCACUCACACUGCUGGAGUCAGAAGCUUCGGCGAGAGUCCAUGAGCUGAACGAGAAGAUCGUGCAAUGGCAGACAGAGCAUGCUGCUGCAGUGGAACGUGGUGACUCGUUAAUAGCGAAGGGCAAGGAGGAUGUGGAGAAUCUAUCUUCAGAACUGAAACAGUUCCGGGGCUGUGUUGGCAAUAGCAACUUUUGUCCAGAUGACCAUUACCUCUUCCGCGACGUCGCGAUCCCCGAUGAGCUGCGGGUUUUGCUGGCACGGGUUUGCCAGCAGGGCAGCGGAAGGAUCGGCCAGAUUGCGCUUCACAAGGAACAGCCAGGAGCUGUUGACAUGUCCCGGCUGCUCUCGGAAGAGGAAGCGUCUCAGAAAGAAGCCACGGCCAAAGAUGCGGCUCGCCUGUCUGCCGAGGUCGAAGAUCUCAAAUCUGCCAAGGACGAGAUCUUCCGCACUUCGGAGCAGACGGCCGCAGAGUUGACGAAGCAGCUGCAGGAGCUGACGAUUGCAAAAGAGGCUAUCCAGAAGUUGCAGGACACAGCUGCCAGCACGGCCGAGACCCAUGCCAGCGAACAGCAGGAUGCCAUGGCCAAGAUCGAAGAACUCACCGACAAGGUAUCCUCGUGGCAAACAGAGCAUGCCACAGCGCUGGAACGAGGUGAUUCUUUAGACGCCAAAGCGAAGGAGGACACAGACAAGUUCAUGUCCCAACUUGAGCAGCUGCGUGCUGAGCUGUCGGCAGAGCAGGACGGGCGCUCUUCCGAUGCUUCCAACGCAGCUGCCGCCGCUGAGGAGCUCAACGGCACAAUCAAGCGCUUGCAGGACACAGCUGCCAGCACGGCCGAGAUCCAUGCCAGCGAACAGCAGGAUGCCAUGGCCAAGAUCGAAGAACUGACCGACAAGGUAUCCUCGUGGCAAACAGAGCAUGCCACAGCAGUGGAACGAGGUGAUUCUUUAGAGGCCAAAGCGAAGGAGGACACAGACAAGUUCACGUCCCAACUGGAGCAGCUGCGUGCAGAGUUGUCGGCGGAGCAGGAAGGGCGCUCUUCCGAUGCUUCCAACGCUGCUGCCGCUGCUGAGGAGCUCAAUAGCACAAUCAAGCGCUUGCAUGACACAGCUGCUAACACGGCUGAGACCCAUGCCAGCGAACAGCAGGAUGCCAUGGCCAAGAUCGAAGAACUGACCGACAAGGUAUCCUCGUGGCAAACAGAGCAUGCCACAGCGGUGGAAAGAGGUGAUUCUUUAGACGCCAAAGCGAAAGAGGACGCAGACACCUUCAUGUCCCAACUUGAGCAGCUGCGUGCUGAGCUGUCGGCAGAGCAGGACGGGCGCUCUUCCGAUGCUUCCAACGCAGCUGCCGCCGCUGAGGAGCUCAAUGGCACAAUCAAGCGCUUGCAGGACACAGCUGCCAGCACGGCCGAGACCCAUGCCAGCGAACAGCAGGAUGCCAUGGCCAAGAUCGAAGAACUGACCGACAAGGUAUCCUCGUGGCAAACAGAGCAUGCCACAGCAGUGAAACGAGGUGAUUCUUUAGAGGCCAAAGCGAAGGAGGACACAGACAAGUUCACGUCCCAACUGGAGCAACUGCGUGCUGAGUUGUCGGCGGAGCAGGAAGGGCGCUCUUCCGAUGCUUCCAAGGCAGCUGUCGUCGCAGAAGGCCUUAAUGCCACGAUCCAGCGCCUGCAGCAUGAUCUGUCUGAUGGGGAUGCUGCGCGGGAACAGCUGUUGAAGGAGGCGACAGACAAAGCCAACAGCCUGUCGCAAGAGCUAGAUGACUGGAAGUCUCAGUUUGCCAAAGCCACUGAAGCAGCACGGGGAGCCUCAGAGGAGGCUGCCAAGGAGAAAGCCCAACUUCUUCAGUCCUUGGAGCAAUGGCGCGCCGAAUGCGCCGAGGAAGUGUCGCUGAAGGAGGCCAAAGAAAAGGAGGCCGCCCAGUUGGCGACGCAGGUGGAUGAGCUCAAAGUCGCGAAGGAGGAGCUCCUGGGCAACUCGGAGACUGCAGCCGCCGAGCUCUCCAAGAAGCUGCAGGAGCUGCAAGCCGAAAAUGCUGAAGCCCGAGCAUCCCAGCAGCAGACGGCAGAGGAGGCCCAGCGCCGAGUAGCAGCUUUCGCAGGUCAGAUCGAAACGCUGCAGACCGAACUCAGCCAAGAGGUGCAGAAGGGCCAAAGCACCGAGGACGAGUUGCAGAGCCACGUUCAGGAGCUGUCGGCACUGCGCUCCGCCAUUGCGGAGGCUCAAGAGAAAGCAGCCGGUGAAGCAGCUUCCUCGACCGAAGCCAUCACGGCGCUUGAAGGCCGUCUUAGCGAGCUCCGGCAGUCGGCUGAGCGGCAGAAGGCGGCCGAUGAAGAGGCCCUCGAGCGCAGCCAAAAGCGCGAAGCCGAGCUCGCCGCCGAUGUAGAACGUCUGCAGCAGGAAGUGGCGGAGGCCUCCGAGAGUCUGGAAGAGACGAAAGCCAAGGAUCAAGCUGCGGCUGCCGCAAUGGAGGAGUCAUCGAAGGAGGCUUUGGCGGGUGCCAAGCAGCGCGAGGCUGAGCUUGCAGCCGACAUCGAGCGCUUGCAGCAGGAAGUUGCGGUGGCCAAGGAGGAGCUCGAGAAGACAAGGGCCGAGGAUAACGCAGCUGCUGCAGCAAAAGAGGAAUCCUCAAAGCAGGAACUCUCCGAGGCCUCUGAGGAGUUGGCGAAGCUCCGGCGGAAGGCGGAAGAGCUGGAGCUGGAGCUGCGAGAGUCUGAGGAUGCAGUUGCGUCCAAGGCACAGACGGCCCAAGAAGCGCUCGCUGACGUGGAGCGAUGGCAAGCGGAGCACGCUGAGGAGCUGGCGCGCGGGAGCACCGCGACUGCUGAGCAUCAGCAGGCUGAGGAAAAGCUGCGGCAGGAGAUGAAGGAUCUCCGAGAGACGCUGUCGAGACAGGAGCAGAACUACCAGCUGAGCGGCGAUGAAUCCUUGCGCAAGAUCAGCGAGCUGGAGGCCGGGCAGACGGAACUGAAGGAGCAGCUCCAGCUGAGCAAGCAGGAGGCUUCUGACGCCCAGAGUCUGUCAGCCAAUGAGUUGGCAUCGUUGACCGAGAAGUUCGCCGCGGCGCAGCGCGAGCUUGAAGCGGAGCGCGUCGCGCUCGAGUCUCUGCGGGGCGACGUGACCGAGGUGGAGGCACAGCUGGCAAAAGAGAAGGCAGAUGCUGAGACUCUGCGCUCCAAGUUGGAGGCGGCGGCAGACGAUGCCACGCAGCACACGGAGCAGCUCAAGAGCGAACUGGAGGCUUGGGUUGAAGAGCUUCAGGAGCAAAUUGACAAGAUCGCCCAGAUCGCUGCGGAGCUGGAGGGUGAACGGACGAAGUCAGAGGAGAGGUCCAAGACCGAGGCGACGCAACAGGAGUUGGAGCAGGUGACGUCGUCUCUUGAGGAGGAGAAGCGUCUCUCGGAAGCAGCGAAGGCCGAGCAGUCGCGGCUGGCCAGUGAGAUGGAGGACUCUGCGGCGGCGGCCGAGGCAGAUGGUCUCAGGGCCGAGCUCGCGGAGCUGCGUUCGGCCCUCAAAGAUUCCAAAAACUAG